GAAGCAUCUGCACCGGUCUCACAAGACGCACCUAUACCAGGGCACAAUAGCAGCAGAGCGGUUGACAGUCGGUGAACAGCCCACCACCUCCCAAGACAUACUUACGAACACUCAGGAAUGAUCACACGACUCCUGCAGACUCUGGAACAAGCCAGAGAGAGGGUUGCUAGCCUUGGAGAGCUGCAGCAGAUUACAGCUGACUUCGGAGAGGGAGUGAUGGAUCAUUGGAUCUGCUUUUUGUGUCUGCUGAGAGCGGCCUUCUGUCUGAUCAACGAGCCCUAUAAGCUUCACCUGGAGGAGGCCACCUUUGACCAUGCAGUGGAAACCUGUAAGAAAAACGGCUUUCUGACAGACAUGGCGGAGGAAGAAGAAGUCGCAAAGAUUAUUUCGCAUAUAGAGGGCAGUAACCCUUCAGGUACCCUUCACUUCUGGGUGGGUCUUAGGAAGUCCAAUUUGGAGUGUGUUUUGGAUGAUCAUCCUCUGAAGGGGUUCAAAUGGACCGUGAGCAACAGCAGCCACACAAAUGUAAGCAAGUGGAAGGCACAGCCGACUCACACCUGCACUUCUGUCCUGUGCGGACUGCUCACUGUGGAAUGCAACAGGACAAAGGUGACAGACUGGGGCUGGAACGGGAACAGCUGCAAGGAAAAGCACCCAUUUAUCUGCAAGAUCAAUCAACAAGUGGACGAAAUGGAACCAAAAUGUGAUAAGGAUAAGCCACACAUCUUUGAUGCCCGGGAGAUUUUACCAGUGAAGGAUAAUUCCAGUCUACUGGAAGUCCACUGUAUAUCCAAUGACACAUUUUAUUUACAUUGCUCCUCUGACACUAAGAAGUGGACGCUGGGAAGCGGAUCGGGUGAAAUAUCACAGAUGUGCCUUGAAUGCAACCUAGGGUACAUCAGGAGUGACAUUGGAAGCUGCAUUGACCUUGAUGAAUGUGCAGAGAAGCCAUGUAAACUGCCAUCCCGCUGCAUCAACACACAUGGUUCAUACGUCUGUGAAUGUGACGCGGCCAUGGGCUACGUGCCCACUGAAGACUCAAUGUCAUGCGCGAAACUACCUCUGCCUACAGAUGCUCCAGCCGGCAGCACCACCACCUUCCAGUUCUUGCCCCUUACCAAUCCAUCUCCCCAGGCCACAGAUGGACAGGGUUCUCCGCCCACCCUCCCUCCAGGUCCCUCCACCACCACCGCAGGGGCCAGUGUGAUCCUGGAGACCUCAGAUACCCACCCCAGAAUCUGGAUUCCAGUGCUGGCGGCAGUGCUGUCAUUGGUGUUUUUGGUGGUGAUCAUUUCGAUUAUAGUGAAAUGCUGCCUUAGGAAGCGGUCGAAGAAGCUGUCGAAGGAAAAGGGGGGGAAGUCUAAGGAAACCGUUGUCCUGAAAGCAGCAGACUCAAUGGAAGAGAUAAACCAGAAGGACAUUGUGUGAGAGAACCUGCUUUUGGACACUCGGGGGGGUAAAUGGACUGCAUUUAUAUAGCGCUUUUAUCCAAAGCGCUUUACAAUUGAUACCUCUCAUUCUCCAGAGCAUUUAGGGGUUAGGUGUCUUGCUCAGGGACACUUUGACACGCCCAGGGUGGGGCUUGAACCGGCAACUCUCUGACUGCCAGACAACCGCUCUUACCUCCUGAGCUAUGUCGGGCGAUUCAAUCAAUCCAAUGUUUAGAUCUCAGCUUUCAAAUGACAAUUUCUUUUACAAGUCAUUUGAUUUUGGCUGGUGUAAUGAUGCAAUGGGGGGAAAAAAUACUAUAUAGAUUAUGACUAGAAGUAAAGCCUGUCUUAAAUAUGAUUCGUUGUUUUGCACUUGUUUGCUGAUUGAAUAGUCACUUUGUCUUUCAGGCUAUGGGGACACUACAUGAAGAAAUUGUUCUUUGCAAGAAUGUAAAAAUACAGUGUUGCCUGUUUACGGGUAGUGCGAGAGUGUAUGUGUAUGAGACCUGGAAUAAAUCAGCAUUUUAAAACUCCCAGUCAAAAGUACAUUUUUCUACACAACUGGUGAGUUAAAUUAUGGUUCUUGAGAAGUCAACCCAAAGAGCAAAUCUUGGAAUCCAGGCAUGUGUGUGUAUGUUCUAGUCAAAACCAAAGUUGCAGUUUCAAGUCAAUUCAAAGGCUUUGUUUCUUUUUUACAAGCUGUGUUCUUUUCUAGUUGUACACACUGAUGUUUAUAUCAUUAAAAGUUAUAAGUAUGAAUCAUUUCACAAA